UUCAGAGUAUGAGUUCAGCCCUGGUCUGUAGAUAAAGUCCUAGUAACAAUGGUCUUGAAAAGACUACAUACGGAACAAUGCCCUUUGAUCUCUCUGAACGUAUCUAUGAACCAAGAGUCGUGCUUGGAAAACACAUUGUGUUUGUUACUCAGUGUGUUUGUUAGUUCGAGGGUAUAUAAAGAUUCAAGGCCUUUCGCACAAAGGCUCCUAUGAAGCUUUCAAUUGUCACCACGUCUUAGGUCUCGAUUCCACUCAUAAAACCGCUACGAGACCUGAGUAUCCCGAAAACGAUUCUACAGCAAUCAUUUACACGCAUCUAUUACAUCGCAUUACAUUUCUCUCUCAUCGAUCCUGAGCCAUGUCUUCCUUUUCGCAUGAGCAAGUUGAAGAGGCGGUUCAGUUCGUCGAGAGUGAUUUUUCCAACCGGCAAGUUCAUUCUACAACUGGCGAGAAUACUAACCUCGACUUGCAGCCACCACCAGGCCUUUCACCCGAGGAAUAUGAGCAGAGCCUCGUACAGGGACCUCCACCAGGACUUGUUCGUGUGAGCACCCCAACGCCUACACCUAUUCGCCUGCUGACCAACGAGGAUGUGUUCUUAUUCGGCGACUUCGCGAGAUAUCUAGGUGAAGAGGGAAAUAUCGAUGACGAAGGUUUCUGCGUCAAAUUAGAUCUGAAGUGCGGAAUCUGUUUCGAUCAUCGACUUUGGGUCUCUAACGCCACUUCACCCGACGACCACUUUAAUAGCACGGAGCUUUUCGAAGGGCUCGGCGUGUUACCUUGCGGGCAUGUGUUUGGAGCUUCUUGCCUCACAAAGUGGUUGAUGGCCUCCGCCCAAGAAGGCUUCACUAAUGAAGAGGGGGUCGUCUCCUGCCCCGUCUGCCGAUAUUCAUUAGUGUAUGAAUGUGGUCACUAUCUUCCGCCCAUCGAGUACAAUCCAAACAUUGACAGGCGUAACACGGUCCCGCCGACGAUCCCCGAAGGCGGAUUUGUGCCCUUCUAUUGUGAAGAGUGCGCCGAGGGAAUGGUUAAUGAGCACAUUGACAAGAUGCGACGGUUUUUAUUCGGGCCUUGUAACCCGGGGGAUCUGAGAUUUCAUAACUCGGCGGAGAUAAUGCGGCAGACGUCGAGGGAAUUCCGAGAGUUUACUAGGCGGAAGUGGCGGGAGAUGAGAAUUCAACACAACAUGUGGUAAGUAAUUAACGCUGGAUUAAAGGCAAUGAGGUAGGUUCAUGUUGGAAGGAUACAAGUCGGUGUGCAUAAUUGGAGUUCAAAGAGUGUUUCCCACAAAUUUCAAUAUGAAAUUCUGCAUAUUGAUGUAUACAUAGCUGUAGCCAU